AUGACGUUUAUAGUGACAUUUGCUGCAUUGGCAGUGAGGGUGCUUUUAAUAUUAUAUUCCAAAUACCACGAUAGUAUAGCAGAUAAAACUGGUGGACCGUACUACACAGAUGUCGACUAUCGCGUUAUAACAGAUGCUGCAGAGCUUGUCUACAACGGCCAUUCACCGUAUGAGCGACAGACGUACAGAUAUACACCCAUACUAUCAUGGAUCACCCUUCCUAAUGUAUCUACUGAUCCAUCCUUUGGAAAGUAUCUUUUCUCAUUCGCAGAUGUCAUAGUUGGGCUAUCUAUCGAGCGUAUUCUAAUGAAAUAUAACAAGAAAUCUAAUUAUGUUUCGCGAUUUAUGUGGCUAUUCAACCCAAUCGUUAUUAGCAUUUCUACUAGAGGCUCGCCAGAGUCGCUCAUUGGCGUGCUUGUCAUGACGACGCUCGAUCUGAUCCUCCAUGAAAGUUAUACGCUCGGUGCAGUCGUUAUGGCUUUUAGUGUACAUUACAAGAUAUAUCCAUUCAUAUAUAGCACUUCAAUUCUCGUGCAUCUCUGGGUCAAACAUCGCUCAAUACGCCUCUUACUGUGGUUUUCUGUCGUUAGUUUGGUUGCAUUUGCUGCCAUAAAUGCAGCUAUGUACAAUAUAUAUGGAAUGGACUUCCUUCAAGCGACAUAUCUUUAUCAUAUUGGGAGAAAGGACCAUAGACACAAUUUCACACCAUAUUUCUACCCUACCUACCUCACUUACAGCUCAGACGAGGGCUUGCAUCCAGCUUUCUCAUUAAUCCCUCAGCUCGUCCUAGCACUCGGUUUGGGAGUCUACGGUGCCAUCGAUCUCCCGCUCGCAUGGUUCUUCCAGACGCUUGCGUUUGUAACGUUCAAUAGAGUAUGUACUUCCCAAUACUUCCUCUGGUAUAUAUGGCUCCUACCAGUUGUAUUACCCUCUUUGAAACUUAGCAAAAGGAAAAAGAUUACCUUGCCCAUUUUAUGGAUCUCUGCGCAGGCUGUCUGGCUGUCAAUCGCUUACAAGCUUGAGUUCCUCGGACAACCCGUGUUCAUACCUCUCUGGAUAGCCAGUUUGUUCUGGUUUAUUAUUAAUGUUUACGUACUCGGCUCGCUUAUACGAAGCACGCGGAUACCUUCGACAGUAUAGCAUCAUACAUUAUAAUUAUAAAAGUUACAAGGUACAACCUUCUGUUUAUCAUUCGCAUAGCUUCGCGGCAAUGUUCCUGGUUGCUCAUAAUGUCAAUUCCCUGUGUCACUUGCGGAACUGAAUAUGGAUAUGACAUGUCCACUCAAUAAUGGCUUUUUUAUAUGGACAGCCCACAAAAUUUCUUCAUGUUGAAGAAGCCAUAUCUGUAAAAUAUUCUCUUACGUCAUAUAUGUCCUCUAUUUUAGAUUACCG